AUGUAAAAAAUUUCAUAAGAUAAUAUAAUUGAUGGUAAAAGAAAAAGAGUAAUGUCAACUGAUGGUGUUUUAGCUUGUGUUACUUCAAAUCUAUUGAAAAGUACUGUUUAAAAAAAAGGGAAUAAAUAAAAGAAACCUAUAACAUAAAAAAAGACAAUAGUGAAUUAAUAAGAAUCAGAUAGUUCGGUAGUUUAAGUUGUUGAGAAGCCUUAAAAGAAAAAAGAAGAAAAAGUAAGAAUAACAAAGAGUGCUCUUAAAGAAUUGAUCAGUUAGCAUUUCUUAAUCAUUGAUGAUGAAGAAUAGAAGUAAUAAUAGGUAUUAAAAAUCCUCCAAAUUUUUAGCCAAAAAAACAUAUCAAAUAUUAAUUAAAUGAAUCAAAUAGUGAAAGUUCUAGUCAAAAUAAAUCAUCAUCAGAAGACAUUCCAAAAAGAAAUAAACUUAAAUCAUGA